AAAAUACUUUUUCACACGAAUUGCUACUUACAUGCGCAACUUUUAUAUGUUCAUCCAUAUCUGCUAACACCUGUAUAGGUUAAUAUUUGACCAUAGUGUAAGAAAAGCAAUAGCAUAUCUUGUCUCCUUAAUUUCAUGAAUCAGUUAAAGCUAUGAUUACUUAGCUUCUUCCUGAUUUUCUAUUUAAUUUCUAAAAAUAUGAGUAGUUCAAAUAUUGAAAAAAUUUCAUAAAGAACUAUUGAAACUAAGUGAAGCACUGAAAACUAAUGGUACUUUAAGCCCUGAAAUGUAUGAAAACUACACUGUUGGUAUUUUUUCUUCUGUCAUUAUUUUGUUUCUCUUGUUUUUGUUGCUUUUCUCUAUUAUUAUUGUUUUUCGGUCUUGUGUAGAUGGAAAAUAAAGAUCAUACAUGGAUGUAUAAUAGAACUUAUCCUAACCAUUUGGGGUUGAGGGAGAAAUAUAAAGCCGGGGUAGCUGGAUUUAUUGCUAAAGCAAUGACACUUGAGGAUUUUCUUAUUGAAGGGACAAUUAGUUGUCCUUGUUGGAAUUGCAAGUGUUGCAAGUUAUUGAGUCCAGAUGUUGUUACAUUACAUCUUUAUAAAAAGGGUUUUAUGUUGAAUUAUACUGUGUGGACAGCUCAUGGAGAGAGUAGAGAGAGUAGUGCUGCUAAUAAUUUUGCUUUUCAGAAUUAUGUUGAAAGUCCAAUAAGAGAGAAUAAUGUUGAAAGUUCACGAUAUAGUGAGAUGGUGUGGGAUGCUUCUGGGACACACUCAAGGGUUCAAAAUAAACCAAAUGAUGAGGAUAAGCACUUUUAUGAACAGUUAAAGGAAGCUAGUCAUCCAUUGUAUGAAGGAUCAAUGCAUUCCAAGUUAUCUGAUGCAAUUCGGUUACUAAGUAUUAAGUCAGAUUAUUCUAUUUCACAUGAGGGCAUGAAUUCUAUCAUUGGACUUAUGAAUGAACUUAACCCAAGUAAGCUUGACUUACCGAAAGAUUUCUACACAACAAAGAAGUUGGUUUCUAAGUUAGGACUUUCAUCAGAGAGGAUUCACUGUUGCGAGAAAGGUUGCAUGUUAUUCUAUAAGGAAGAUGCAAAUUUAGAACAUUGCAAAUUUUGUAACCAGCCUCGCUAUAAGAAAGUCACACCUGCCAAAGGGAAGAAGGUUCCUGUAAAGUCAAUGCAUUACUUACCCUUUAUGCCACGGUUAAGAGGUUGUAUGCAUCAAUGAGCUCUGCCCCUCACAUGAGAUGGCAUUAUGAAAAUAAAAGACCACCUGGUGUUUUUUGUCACCCGAAGCAUGGAAGUAUUUUGAUAGUGUGUAUCCGAAUUUUGCUAGUGAACUAAGAAAUAUUAGGUUGGGAUUAUCUACUGAUGGAUUCACUCUAUUUUCAGUCUCAGUUACACCAUAUUCAUGUUGGCCAGUGUUUGUGACUCCUUAUAAUCUCCCGCCUGAAUUGUGUAUGACAAGUCAGUAUAUAUUUCUAACUUGCAUUAUUCCAGGUCCUCGCAAUCCAAAAGUUUUGAUUGAUGUAUAUCUGUAGCCAUUGAUUGAUGAGUUGAACUUAUUGUGGCAUGAAAGUAUGGAAGCAUAAGAUGUAUCAAUGAAACAAAACUAUAGAUUGCGUGCUACUUUGAUGUGGACUAUAAAUGACUUUCUUGCUUAUGGAAUGAUGUCUGGGUGGUCGACUGCGGGCAAGUUAGCUUGCCCUUGUUGUAUGGAAGACACAAAAGCAUUCACUUUGAAACAUGGGGUAAAAACCCAUGGUUUGAUUGUCACCGUCGAUUCUUGCCAAUGCAACAUGAGUUUAGGAGAAAUACUAGUGAUUUUAUGAAGAAUAAGUCUGGUUUUGAGGAGCCACCGCCAAUUUCGUCGGGAGAAGAAAUUUGGGAUAGAGUAAGGAAUUUGCUAAAGGUAUCAGAGUUUCCACCAUCCAUGAUACCUGGUUAUGGUGUUACAUAUAACUGGACUAAACGAAGCACUUUUUAGGGGUUAGAUUAUUGGAAGGACAAUCUUUUGCCUCAUAAUCUGGAUGCCAUGCAUAUUGAGAAAAACUUCUUUGACAACUUGUUUAAUACUGUGAUGGAUGUAAAUAACAAAACAAAAGAUAACUUGAAGGCCAGGAUGAACUUAAAGGAGUAUUGUCGGCGUAGUUAGUUGUACCUGACAUACUUAAACAAUAAGAUUCAAAAGCUCAAGGCUAGUUAAACAUUCACUUUGGAUAAUAGAAGAGUGAUUUGUGAUUGGGUUAAGAAUUUGAGAAUGCCAGACGGAUAUGCGUCAAAUUUAUCCAGUUGCGUUGACAUGAAGGAAGGGAAGUUGACCUCUAUGAAGAGCCAUGACUGUCACAUUUUCAUGGAGUCACUGAUGCCAAUUGCAUUCAGUGCAUUGCCUGAUAGAAUAUAAUAUGGAAGCCUAUAACAGAAAUAAGCUUAUUUUUCAAAGAUUUAUGUUCUAACACAUUAAAGGAGGAGAACCUAUGUUUGAUGGAUAUCAACAUUCGCUUAACCUUAAACGAGUUGGCAAAAAUUUUUCCUCCUGGUUUUUUUGAUAUUAUGGAGCAUCUUCCAAUUCACCUUAUGCGUGAGGCACGACUUGGAAAGCCUGUUCAGUGUAGAUGGAUGUAUCCUUUUGAGAGGACUAUCGGCAAAUGUAAGCGGACCAUAAAAAAUAGAUCUCGAAUUGAGGGAUCAAUAUGUGAGGCUUAUUUGGCUAAAAAGACCUCUUAUUUUUGUUCAUAUUAUUUUAAACAAUGAUGUACCAUGUCUGAGAAACCUAGCUAAUAGGUAUGAUGAUAGAGACAAUACAGACCUUUCAACACCACCAUUUUCAAUAUUCAAUC